AUGGCCAAGAGGAAAUGCCAGAAGCCGCAGACGCAAAAACCGAUGUCGGCUGCGCUGCCACUCCCACAUCAAAGACCAUGGCUUCCCAAUACCAUCUCCACCACCAGACCGCCACUGCCGCAAAGAAGUGUUUCCUUCGCCGUUAAGAGCCUCAAAUCCGACCAUCAAGAUAAAGAAUCCGCCCAAUAUAUUGGUGGUGCCAGUGCACUCAAAUCCAAUAAACCACUGCGAAUGCGAAACACCUUCAACAAGUCUAGAAAUCAACAAAAUCCAGAGUCAAAAGACGAACAAAAGAGACAGCUGAGCGGCGCUGAUGUAUUAUGGGCACUACAAAGAGCCACUGCCCACAAAUCCAAGAAAAAGAAAGACAAAAGGGACACUAUAUCUGGAGAUGGAAAAUUUGUUGAACGAGAAAUCCAAGGGGCUGUAGACUACACUAGUGUUAGACCCUUAUGCAUCAAAACUGAAUGGAUUGCCCGAUUGGAGGAAUUGGAGAGGCAACUUCAGGAGCUUAUAGAUACUUAG